AUGUAUGUAGCGAAGUUGGUGAAAUGUUCCGCUCUGGCUGCACGACGUCAUGGUAACUACGGCAACAACAUUCGUUCACGCCUUUUUGGUCACAGCCUUGUUCAGUGCAUUCCUGUGGCUUUUCGUCUGCAUAGCUGCUCAACUAACCCUAAUUCCUUGCAUCUACCCACUGCACCUCCAUAUCCUUCAAUCUAUCCAGAAGCAAGAGAAUAUCCCCAGAAUCCGCACUUCCAGCAACAAAACUUGUAUCCAAAACUGUCAGAUACGCAUUACUAG